AAAAAAAAAAAAAAAAAAAUGUCUUGGAGAAAUUUAUUAUCAAAAAAUCUUAAAGAACUUCGUGUUCAUUAUUGUCAGACUAGUCCUGCCAGCAGUGGUGUUAGAGAAUUUAUCUCCAAAAAUUAUGUUUCAUUAAAAGAAGCUAAUCCAAAUUUUCCAAUUCUUAUCCGUGAAGCGAGUGGUGUAGAAGCAAGAUUUUUUGCUCGUUAUGAUUUUGGUAAAGAAGAAAAGGUCGUAUUAAAUAAUUUGCCUGCUAAAGAUGUAGAAUCUGAAUUAGAAAAACUAGUUAAUAAGAGUGUAUAAAAAUAAUGUUUUAAAAACAAAAAAAAAAAAAAAUUUUAAUUAAACUUGACACAUUAUUUAUUAUUAUUGUUUCAUUUCAUAAUUAGUAGAAAUAUAAGCUAGAAUUGAAUUUCAUAAUUUACCUAUUUAUUUUGUUAUUCUAAAUGUUCUAGUGCCCUUUUUUUAUUACAACAUUAUUUUCAUCAACUUCUAUGUAAUUCCUUCCGUUACUAUGUAUAUCAGCUAAAUAAGCUGGUAAUGGAGGUUCGGCAAUUCCUGCCAUAAUCAUUUUCUUUAUUCCCUCAAUCACAUUUGUUCCUUCAAAGAGAACUGUCAUAGAUAACGGUGUCGAUUGAUCAUCAUUAUUGGACGUAUGUAAAGGAGUUGAUAACUAAAAAAAGACAAAGUUAUGAAUUUAAAUUUAUAUAAAAAAGUAAAAUAUACGUAAUUAA